AUGAUAUUCGUACUAGGUAUACACAAACGUUCAUGGUUGCAUAUGUUAAAUCCAUUAGCUCGACAUAAAUCAAAUCAAUCCAAUGAUACAACAACUGGAGGCACAAGUGAAUUUGAAGGCCCUACAGCAACAGAUAGAGCUGAUUAUAUCGGAUUAAAUCAUAAAAAUACAACAACUAUUUCAUUGGAUGAAACAAUUUUACCAACACCAAAAAAUUUACCUUUAGAUUAUAAAUCAAGUCGUAAAUCAUCAACAAGUUCAAAUAAUUUAUUAAAACCUGAUAAUAGUCUAUGGAAUACAGAUAUUAAUGAUAUUGAAUUAAUGAAAAGUAAAUCUCAAAGUUUAAGUAAUAUAGCCGAAACCGUUCUUAAAAAAGAAAAAAAAGAAUCAAAAAAUAUAAAACGUUCAUUUAUACCAAAUCGUAUAGCACAAAUUUUAUCAUUAGGUGAAGAUAUUGUACCUGAUUUUCGUUCACCAGAUACUCGUCGUAUACCACGUACAAUUAUUCUUCAUUAUUCACCAUUUAAAGCUAGUUGGGAUUGGUUAAUAUUAUUACUUGUUAUAUAUACAGCUAUUGUUACACCAUAUACAGCUGCUUUUUUAAUGCAUGAAGAUGGACCAAAUAAACAACGUUCACGUUCAUCACGUGCAUUAAAUGUUAUUGAACUUAUUGUUGAUGUUAUGUUUAUUAUUGAUUUAUUAGUUAAUUUACGUACAACUUAUGUUAAACAUAAUGAAGAAUUAGUAACACGUGCAAGUAAAAUAGCAAAACAUUAUUUAAAAGGAUGGUUUUUAAUUGAUGUAACAGCAGCUAUACCAUUUGAUAUUUUAUUUUCAUUAUUACAAACAAAUGGUGGAGGUGAAUCAACAACAUUAAUGGGUUUAUUAAAAACAGCACGUUUAUUAAGAUUAGUACGUAUAGCAAGAAAAUUAGAUCGAUAUUCAGAAUAUGGUGUUGGAGUUUUAAUUUUAUUAACGGCUACAUUUGCAUUAAUUGCACAUUGGCUUGCUUGUAUAUGGUAUGCUAUUGGUCGUCUUGAACGAAGUAAUCAAGGUAGAAUAUUAAGAAAAAAAGCAUAUGUCACCUAUUUUAUCUUAGGCAAUGAAAGAUUGAUUGGCUGGUUAGCUGAAUUAGCUAAUCAUACACAUCAAUAUUAUAAUGAUUCCGAUCCAACAUCUGGUCCAACAAAAACAUCAAAAUAUAUAACAGCACUUUAUUUUACUUUUUCUUCUCUUACAUCAGUCGGUUUUGGCAACGUGAGUCCAAAUACGAAUAGUGAAAAGGGUUUUUCAAUAAUAAUCAUGCUCCUUAUUGUUUUAGGAUCACGCAUAACAUGGCUUGAUGAAUUAGCACGUAUAUCUGGUCAACCAUAUAAUUGUUCAUCAAUUUUGAAUUAUAAUAAAACAACUUUAAGUAAAGAAAUAUGUCAUGGCGGACCUAAUCUUCGUUCACAAUAUAUCACUGCUCUUUAUUUUACGUUUUCAUCUUUAACAACAGUCGGAUUUGGCAAUGUUAGUCCUAAUACCGAUUCGGAAAAGAUUUUUUCCGUUUGUAUUAUGUUAAUCGGAUCAUUAAUGUAUGCCAGUAUAUUUGGUAAUGUCAGUGCUAUUAUUCAGAGACUUUAUUCGGGCACAGCUCGUUAUCAAAUACAAAUGUUGAGGGUAAAAGAGUUUAUUCGCUUUCAUCAAAUUCCAAAUCCACUUCGACAACGAUUAGAAGAUUAUUUUAAUCAUGCAUGGAAUUAUACAAAUGGUAUUGACAUGAAUAUGGUGCUGAAAGGUUUUCCUGAAUGUUUACAAGCUGAUAUUUGUCUUCAUUUAAAUAGUCAACUACUUAAAAAUUGUCCUGCAUUUAAAGAUGCUAGUGAAGGUUGUUUACGAACAUUUUCAAUGAAAUUUAAAACAACACAUGCACCACCAGGUGAUAUAAUAACACAUCGUGGAGAUAUAUUAACAUCGUUAUAUUUCAUUUCACGUGGUUCAAUUGAAAUAUUAAAAGAUGAUAAAGUUGUUGCUAUUCUAAGUAAAGAUGAUAUUCUUGGAGAAAAUCCUGUGUUAUAUAGUGAACCAGGAAAAUCUGCAUUUAAUGUUCGUGCAUUGACAUAUUGUGAUUUACAUAAAAUUUUACGAGAUGAUUUACUUGAAGUUAUUGAUAUGUAUCCUGAAUUUGCACAAAGUUUUUGUCAAAAUUUAAAAAUAACUUUAACACUACGAGAUGAAGAUCUUGUCGCAAAAUCAAAUGAAUGUCGAUCAAAAUAUCUUCCAAGUCAACAGCAAUAUCGAGGAAGUUAG